AUGGUUAAAUCCACUGGCAUCUUAGAUAAGACCCUUAGCAAGGGGAAAAAUGAGGUGAGCCUGUCGACAUUUGCACUGUUGUUUGCGGAAGUAGUGAAGUAUGCGCAAGAGCGCUCUGAAACUGUUACCGAUAUUCACGACAAAUUGGCUUCCUAUGGGAAAAUUGUGGGCAUACGACUUCUGGACGUAGUGACCUUAAGAGAGAAAGGGUAUCGAAGAGAAACAAAACUUCUUGGUAUGUUGAUGUUCAUAAAGUCUUCUGUCUGGAAAAGUCUGUUUGGAAAAGAAGCGGACAAAUUGGAACGUUCUAAUGAUGACCAGUGCACAUAUCUUCUUAUUGAGAAAGAGCCGGUAGUCAAUACUUUUAUCUCGGUGCCAAAGGACAAAGGAAUGUUGAACUGUGCAGCAUUUGUUGCGGGGAUUGUACAAGCGAUGCUUGAGGCUAGUAACUUUCCUUGUCAAGUUUCGGCGCAUUGGUGGAACAUUGGCACAGCUUAUGUGAUCCGUUUCGAUGAGGUCGUAAUUUCACGUGAAGCUGCUCUCGUGGAUGGUGAACAUCCGAACUCAGCGAAAAAGUGA